CAUAAAAAAGCGCAGCCUCUCUGUGUGUUCGGGUAUUUUGCCUUGUUUGCGCAAACUGACAGACGUUCCAAGCGCGUUCAACUGAACACCGUUGACGGUGACAACUACACAGUGUUUUUCGGCAUCGAUAUUACGUGUGGUACAUCAUGGCCACGGUAAAAAUUCCUGGUGGAUGGUCAGAGCCCAAGCCAGCAACUCCGCAGAUCCAAGGAUACGCCGACGAGGUGAAACCGCAGGUGGAAAGAAAGAUCGGCAGAAAUCUCGAAACUUAUAAAGCCGUGCUGUACGCGGAGCAGGUGGUUGCAGGGAGGAACUAUCUCAUCAAGAUUGAUACCGGAGGCCCAGGUACCAGUUACGUCCAUGUUCUUCUUUUUGUAACCCUGCAAAACGUCGUGGAGUUCAGAGACGCCUGGGAUGGACUUGGCAAGGACUCCCCUCUUGAACCUCCCAAGCAAACGACAACUUGACUCUAUCAAUCCAGUCUGUGACCUGUAAAGAUCCCUUACUGUCACCUGCUUGGAAUUACAGGUCACAUUUACGCUCUUAGCUAGGAAACGCAAUUUUAUUCAGAUAUUUCGAUAGAAAGCAAACCUUAAGUAACUAAUAAAUUAUCAAGCCUCUUGAUUUGCCCGAUAUUUUUUAUUUCUGCUUUUAUUAAUUUAGAAGAAUGAAUAUGGGUUCUCUAUAAAUAGGUUUUUUUUUUUCAAACUUUUUGGAUCUUAUGACAGAUCUAUUUAAUACUUUCAGGUUAAUGCAGCAUUGCAUGGUUGUGUCAUUACUUUCACUUAAAUGCCAUUUAAAAAGGGUCCAUGAUCUGAAUGUUUAUAUUUAGACAUGUUUUGUGCAACAUCCUUCUCCUCUCAAAUGUAUGAAAACUAUUUGACAUUAAAAAAAGUAUUGUUCUUUGUUUUACCCGACAAAAGAUGGCGCUGUUGCUGCGGUGUUAUCAGAGCAUCUCGUCUCUGGGUGUGACCAGAGCUGCAUAUGCGUGCUGGGGUGUGAUAGUGCAGUCGUGCUCAAUUGGUUUUGUUACUCAAAUUGUGAACCCAAAAUUUGCUCUUUGAAAAAAGUUGUCAGAAUAUUUGCUCUGUGUCUUUUUGUGACAAGCUGACCGAACAAUUUAUCUCUAAAGUACACAGAAUUCACAACAGGAAAACAAAAAGGGAAAGUUCAGUGCAAAAAUGUUGAACAAAGAUUUCUGCCUUGGAUGAGAUCACACUUUGCUCAUAAAUAUGCAAAUUUGCAUGGCCUUUGAAACUUUGAAACAAAAUUCAAAAGAAGAACAAAAUGACUGUAAAUCCAAACUUGCAAAUCGUGCCGAAUAGGUCGCAAACUGAGGGAGCCUUACAAGAACUGCAAAGAUGCAUUAGAUGGGACUUUUCCGAGGACACGCUAGAGAACAACAUACUCAGAGAACCGGGCUGCAUUUUCUUUUUAAAGUAAGCUGAUUUCGUUAUUUUAGCAAUAUCCUUUGAUUAGGAUGUAGUUCAGAAUUUCAGACCUUUCACACAAUUUUUAGGCGUGUUGUAAAAGUAAGCUGUGUAUCGAAAA